CGAGACGCCCUGUUGCACCCAUACUUUGAGGAUCUUGACCGAACUCAGUUGCCUGCUUGUGGUGAGGAGUACGUCGGUCUCUCAAUAGACCAUAUUCCUCAAGAACUCGCGACUAUAUUUGCCGCUGCGUCGAAUGAGGAGCAAACCUUCGAGGAAUUUGAGAAUAUCGAUAUAGGACAGAUUCCGAUCGUGCCAUCGACAGUGGCCCUAGGUGCGGCCUUGUUUCCGUCAGCCGCUGCUCGCGCGAAGCUGAUUCAACAGCAAGAAGACGAACGUCAAGGGACCGAUGAACCGUUGUCAGAGAAUCAGAUAGUCAACAUGUCCAUCAACUAG